GCUUGUAAUUGGACUAAAAGAAAUUUUUUAUUUUCCCUCUCAAGUGAAAUUUUCUUUUCUCUAAGAAUUUAACUGUGAAUGGAAGUACAAACGACAAGUAUAUAUUCUAGAUUACAUUUAAUUAUUGUCUGCGGAAAUGUCCUGGAGGAUUAAGAUGCACAAAAGAAAAUUGUGCAAUGUAGAAUAACUUGCCUCAAAAAUAUUUUAUGUAUAAUUUUAUGUGCCCACUUCAAUUUCAGGUAAAAAGGAAAGGUUGCUUAAAUUAUUUGAAGGUUGGUGUGAUAACGUAAUAGAUCUAUUGCUAACCACGGAUGAAGAUGCAAUUCUUUGACGUGACAUAUAUGAUAGGACACCAACCUUUACUUGGGGAAAGGGUCGUGUAACCUUGCUCGGAGAUUCAAUCCAUGCUAUGCAGCCCAACUUGGGUCAAGGGGGAUGUAUGGCCAUUGAGGAUAGCUAUCAAUUAGCACUGGAACUGGACAAAGCUUGGAGGAAAAGUGUGGAGUCAAGAACCCAUAUUGAUGUUGUUACUUCUUUAAAGAGGUACGAGAGUGCUCGAAAGCUGCGAGUUGCAAUUAUUCAUGGACUAGCGAGGAUGGCUGCAAUUAUGGCAUCAACAUACAAGGCAUACCUGGGUGUGGGACUUGGUCCAUUAUCGUUCUUGACGAAGUUCAGGAUACCACAUCCAGGACGAGUUGGUGGGAGAGUCUUUAUCGACCUUGGUAUGCCUUUAAUGCUAAAUUGGGUUCUUGGAGGUAACAGCUCAAACCUUGAAGGAAGAUCGUUGCAGUGCAGACUUUCAGACAAAGCCAAUGAUCAACUACGAAGAUGGUUUGCAGAUGACGAUGCCAUGGAGCGCGCACUUAAUGCAGAUUGGUUUCUGUUUCCUAUGGGAAAUUCAACUGCUACAUCUGAAACAAUCUUCUUAAGCCGAGACGAGAAGAAACCAUGCAUCAUCGGGAGCGUGUCACAUCCGAACUUUCCUGGAGUAUCUAUAGCUAUAUCAUCCCCUAAGGUCUCUAAAACGCAUGCUCGGAUAAGCUACAAAGAUGGAGCAUUUUUUGUAACUGACUUAAGAAGUGAACAUGGCACCUGGAUCAUUGAGUGAGUAAUAAGAAGAUUAUUCUUGCAAAAGACAAU